ACAACACACCUGAGCUCGGAAGCGGUUAGAAAUCAAAUGAUUUGUGUUGCUCUUGACAGCUUUCGACAGGGAACUCUUUGAACAUUUUUUACAGGAAACAAAGCUAAGCGACUGGUCUAAAUUUAUACCAGUCAGUUUGCCUGACUAAAGUGGAUAGAAAGAAAUAUAUACCUCACACCAGGUUGCUUUUAAAUUAAGUCAAGAUGGACUCGUUGCGUUUUCUUUUCUUUUUGGUCUUUAUUGUCGGUGUUCAUGGCGGAGAAACACAGAGUGGUACAGUGGACAAACUCGCAUCAGCACAGGGUCAGUGUGCUUUCAGGUCCGGUCGGGAAAACUUUGUUCUCGUCACGGAAGAGUCGAUUAAGGAUGGGGCCGUUUUCCUGGCGAACUCGAGUGUCGCGCACAGGAACGCGUGCAUUGCUGCGUGUUGCAAAGAUUCCAGAUGCAACUUGGCGCUCAUAGAAAACGACAGCAGCUGCUUUCUCUUCAACUGCUUAUAUAAGCAUGAAUAUGUCUGUCGAUUUAUUCAGAAGAAGGGCUUUACAAGUUAUAUACCGGAUUCAUUCUAUGAAUAUUACCUGAACGGCCGCGAAAGUGAAGAGAAGGACAAACCGCCCAUUGCCAAUGCUGGACCGGAUAUGGUGGUCCAGCCAGAUGAGGAGGUCUUGCUGAAUGGCAUUGAGAGUUGGGACGAUAGGAAGAUCAUCGACUACAAAUGGACCCUCAUCAGAGGAGAUGAAUCUGUUCAGAUAGAGAAAACUGAUUUUCCAGAUCAGGUGAAGGUGUCCAAGCUGGUACCUGGGAUGUACAAUUUCCAACUGACAGUGACCGAUUCAGGUCACCAUUCUGAUUCGGCUCAAGUCACUCUUUUGGUUCUCACACCUGAGCAGUCUGAGCGUCACUGUUUGGUCCCUAAAAAGGUGGGACCCUGCCGAGGUGCUUUUCCACGUUGGCAUUAUAACGCUGCAUCCAGCAAGUGUGAGCAGUUCUUCUUUGGCGGGUGUAAAGAGAAUCAAAACAACUAUCUCUCCGAACAGGAGUGUUUGAAUGCCUGUAAAAACACAAUAGUAAUACCUGGAGAAUCGAGAAAACUGCCCAAGGAAGACUGCACUUUGCCAUGUGGAGAAGACAAAUUUAAAUGCUCUAACGGCUGCUGUGUGAAGAAAGAGCUUGAGUGUGAUGAACAGCAGCAAUGCAGCGACGGGUCUGAUGAGGAGAACUGUGAACAAUUGAAUAAUGGCCUGACUCGACUUCUAAGGAUUGAAGUGAAUAAAAAAGCACACUGCACAUAUCCACCUGCUGUGGGCCCAUGCCGAGCCAGUUUUCCUCGUUGGUACUAUGACCCUCUUAAAAAGAAGUGCCAUCGCUUCACCUUUGGUGGCUGUGAUGGCAAUGGGAACAACUUUGAGACAUCUGACAAGUGUAUGGACAACUGCUCGGGUAUCUCAGAAAAUGAUGUGUUUGCCAGUGGAUUGUUUUUAAGGGAAACAGGAGAGGAUCUAGGGGAAAGCCAGUCAGCUUCCGUUGCCCUAGCUGUGGUUUUGGUUGUUGCCGUCUUGGCUGUUGUGGCUGUGUUGGGUUACUGUUUCCUCAAGAACAGGAGAAAAAGCCAUCAGCCUGUGGCCACAAGCAGUCCUCCAGUGGUGUACAGUGACGAUGACCAACAGACGGUCUACAACAGCACCACUUCUAAAGCAUGACAUAAUCUUUUAAAAACUCCAUAAGCCUUAACAUCUUUUUUGCCAAUAUAGUUGAUGCCCAUUAUACACUGCAGUCUGAGGGGCAGACCAACCAACUCAGUUAAGGGUUCCUGACCAUUACAUAACAAAUGUUUGGUCACCGAACCAGGUCUCUUAUCUCAGGUCUUAAUGGUCAAUGUUGUUUAAUAAGGAUUUUUAGAAUUAGUCUAUUAUAUUACAUUAAUAAGACCUGUCUUUGUGACCCAAGAGGAGAAACCACUCUUUAAAUAUAGUCUUCUACCAUCUGAGAAUUUUACAUUCCUGCACUUGACAAAAAAAUAUUGUAACUUUUUUUUUUUUUUUUUUUCUUCUUCUAUAAAGCCAUAUCAUUUAUCAUUAUCUUAGGGAAAUUGAAAUGUCUUGACUUACCUAAGCUAUCUUAAUGUUUCUGUUAUAUUUUAAAUUACAUAUGUUUUAAUGGUGUCAUUGUUUAUAUGUGGAAUUUAAGCUUGUUUGUAUUAUUAGCCCUAUAUACUAGUUCUUAUUGCACUAAAUUUUAAGUGUUUUCCAGAUUUUUUUAAUGCGUUUAUUAAAGAGACCUUAAUGUGAGUGAGUGAUAUUCCAGUUGCUAAACAGGCUUAAACACAGUGGAGAAAAACAAAACAACAUAAAUCUACUUUUGAUACAAAACCUUGUUUUGUGUUUCUCAAUAUAGGUCGAUAGUGUCAAAUAAUGAUUGAACUAUAUCGAAUAUUUUUUGUGGGUGGGUCUUGUUUCUGUUUGGCCCAAGGAACGCAAAACGAAGAUCUUUCACAUGAGAGCGUUGCAGCCUGAUAUGUCAAGCACCCCCCUUGAGGAAAAUAUCUUCAUCAUACGUAUUUCCGUGAUUGCCCACUAGAGGGGAGAAUUUGUUUUGGAAUUUUUUUUU